AUGGAUCAUGUAAGCGAAGUUAUUUCAAGGGCAUUUCACGACUCCGAAAUCGCAAAACGUUUUUCCUGUAGAAGAACUAAAUCUGCCGCAAUUGCCUACAACGUCUUAGGCAAUAACCUCGAGGAAAAAAUGCUUGCAGAAUUACGUCCAAGACCAGAAAAUGAAACUGAGAGAAGCCCAGUAUUUUCGCUCAUUAUCGACGAGAGCACAGAUGUCAGUACUACCAAGGUACUUGCAGUAGCAGUAAAGUACUACUCUGAAAAAUUGCAAUCUCCACAAACAAAAUUUUUGUGUAUGGUGGACUUAAAAGCAAUAAUGCAUGGAAAAGAGGGGCUACGACAGUUGGAAGGAGGAUGUAGCAGAUUUAAUCCUGACAGAAGUAUGAUCAAGUUAAUGGACUCAAAACAGCUUUAUGACAAUGUAACCCAACAAAAAAAUGAUGAAGAAUCUUAA